UAUGAAUGCGGAGAAUAAAAUACUUUCAGUUUCAUUUCUUCUGACGCGUCAGCAAUGGCAUCUGCUGAUCUAAGAGAGGAGCUGGAGUGUUCCGUGUGUCUGAGCAUUUAUACGGACCCUGUAAACCUGAAAUGUGGACACAACUUCUGCCGAGCAUGCAUUGAUUGUGUGCUGGACAAACAAGAGAAGUCUGGAGGAUAUUCCUGUCCUGAAUGCCGAGAAGAGUUUAAGGAACGUCCUGUACUGCAGAAAAACAUAACCUUGUGUAACAUAGCAGAACGUUUUUUGUCUGCCCCGCCAAACCAACAGGAAACAGGGGCCUCCUGUACUUAUUGUGUUGAUAUUCCAGCAUCUGCUGUUAAAUUCUGUCAGUUGUGUGAAGCCUUCCUCUGCGAAAAACACCUAAAGGUCCACACCAAGUCAUUGGAACAUGUCUUAUCUGACCCCAACACGUUCCUGGAGAGCAGAACAUGCUCCGUUCACAAGAAGAUCCUGGAGUAUUACUGCACUGAGGACACUGCCUGCAUCUGCAGGUCUUGCAGGCAAGAUGGAGAACACCAGGGACACCAGGUGGAGAAGCUGGAUGAGGCUUCAGAAAAGAAAAAAGAGAAAUUGAGAAAUGUUCUACAGAACGUGAAGACAGAGAAAAUGGAGACUGAGAGGAGAGUCCAGAGUCUGCAGGAAAGCAGGAGAAAAGUACAAGAGAAAGCCGCUGAUGAAACCAACAAAAUCACUUUGAUGUUCAGAGACAUCAGGGCACAGCUUGAGGACCUAGAGAACAGAGUCCGGAGCGAAAUCUCCAGGCAGAUGGAGCAGAUCUCGUUCUCGUUUUCUGAUAUGAUCCAACUACUAGAAGUAAAGAAGGAUGAGCUGUUCAGUAAGAUGUGUUACAUCGAGGAACUGUGUUCCAUUUCUGAUCCAAUAACUGUCUUGCAGGAAUCAGACACGGGUCUCUUGUGUGACAAAGUGAUAGGAGAUGACGAGGAAAGAUGGAGAACUGAUAAACACCUCAGUGAUGGAAGAGACCUGGAUGUGGCUCUCAUUUCAGCCACAUUACACACAGGUUUGUCUGAUAUUAUGUCUGGGAUGACGGUGCGGAAACAUACAGGCACACGUGGCUAUCCAUGUUCUAAUAUUGAGGACACAGUUCCCACCAAGGCCACUGAACCAUCCAGGCCACUCUCUCAACCCAUCUCAACCGAGAUGGGAGAAGGAAGACCCACCACUGGGUCGGUACAGAAAAUACCUGGACUGCUGAAGAAUAAAGACAUAUCACUGGAUAUAAAUACUGCUGGUAGUUAUGUACAUAUUUCAGAUGAUGGGAAAACUGCUUCUUGGUCACCAAACCAGAUUUACCCAGGAAAAAAUGAAAGAUUUCAGGAUCAGCCUCAGGUUUUAAGCAGUUGGCAAUUUUUCUCAGGGCGACAUUGCUGGGAGGUGGAUGUCGGUGGGUCACAGAGGUGGAUAGUUGGGAUGUGUUACCCUAGUAUAGCCAGAAGCGGUGAUCAGUCAUUGAUUGGAAAUAAUAACAAAUCCUGGUGUUUGGAAAGGUGGGAUAGUCGGUAUUCAGUUAUACAUGACAGUAAAGUGAUACAGGUGCCUGACAAUGUCUCUAGUGAUCGAGUCAAGAUUUAUCUGGAUUACGAGGAAGGGCAACUAUCCUUCUAUGACCUGUGUUACCCAGUCCGACACUUGCACACCUUCACUGCCAUCUUCACUGAGCCCCUACAUGCUAUUUUAGCUAUAGGACAAGAUGGUAAAAUAACAAUAUCUGGGGAAAGUGGGACAUGUGAAUGACAGAGGUUGGUAACCUCACAAGGAUGGGAAAACGUAUUCUCAUCCAGGGGGACAAGACAAUGGGUGGAUUUUAACAGUUACACCAUUUGUUUUGGUGUUGGGUUAUUUGGUCGACUGCGCUUUCAGGUCUAACUAUGACUCAUUAAAGUCACCCUGUUGUUAUACUAGAUGUAAUUAGCCGAGCUAGACAGUGGAACCUCGGAUUGCGAGUAACGCGGUUAACGAGUGUUUUACAAUACGGGCACUGUAUUUAAAAAAGAACUGACUCGGUUUGCGAGUGUUGUCUCGCAACACGAGAAGGAUUCAAGGCAAAGCGGUGUGGCCUGAGGUGGGGAGGGGGGGUGCUGGAGCCGAGUAGAGCCGAAAUGCUCGGAAAAUUGCAGAAAUACUCCGUUCCUAAGCCUUUCCGAGUUCAGCCGAGGUGUCCUCGGCCCUUUCAGGGUGUUUACGAGGCUCUCCGGCGCCCCCGCC